ACAGUUACAUCUGCUAUGUUUCGUAGUUGACUUUUUUUCCCCCUUUGUAGUAGUAUUCGAAUGUAAGUAUAGGAAUUCCGCCCCGAUCCGUACGAUUAGUUUCGACAGCUGGGCCACAGUCGGUAUUACUAUUAUCACAUGCUGCUGUAUGUGCGUUGCAUAGGCCAAGAUAGGACAAGAAUAUAAAACGAGUUCCAAGUUAUAUACUUCAUCGUUCGGUUAUGUUAGUACUCCUAGUCGCAUUCCUUUCCCGAGGUUACGUGUUACGAUUGGCCGAGGCCGCCUGACGUCAACUCGCAACCGCUCAUGAUAAUGUGGUAUGCAAUGCAACAUGGCCGAGUAGUUCGUGGUGUGUGUGAGUGUUAGUUGCUGUGAAUUUUGGAUAAUUAACUAGUGAAAUAUGCCAAGAAAAAGAAAUGGGGAGAUACCAUUGCCUGACGGAUGGGAUUUUGCACGAGAUUACGAUGGUAAAGUGUACUUUAUCGACCACAAUUCAAAGAAAACUACGUGGAUCGACCCGCGCGACAGAUUUACGAAACCACAGACAUUCGCCGAUUGCGUCGGCAACGAACUACCCAUCGGAUGGGAAGAAGCAUAUGAUGGACAAAUAGGGCCCUACUUCAUAAAUCACAUGGGUCAAUCGACGCAAUUAGAAGAUCCGAGGCAAGAGUGGCGGACCGAACAGGAGGCUAUGCUUAGGGAAUAUUUACAAACUGCACAAGAUUUAUUAGAGGCUAAGAAAGAUAUAUACAAUGUAAAAUCACAGAGGCUAAUUUUGGCGCAAGAUGAAUACAACCACCUUAACAACGCCUUGGCCGCCCUUAAUACGUCAAGAACAAGUUUAUGUUCGUCUACUAGUAGUGUAAGUACAAAAUACGAUCCAGAUCUGCUCAAAUCCGAUGUUGCCAUGGCAAAAAAUAGGGUGUCAAGGCUAAAGCGCGAAUUAGAACAAAUUAGAAAUGAAAUGAACUGUACGCAACGAGGGGUAGAAACUUUAGCAAUAGUUGAGCAAAAAUUAAGCAAUCAUCAAGGAGGAUGUUACAAUAUAGCUGAAGCGCAAGCGAUAAUGACUGAAUUGCACAACAUACAAAAAUCAUUAGAAUCCGGGGAAAAGGAAAAAGUGGAGUUAAUGCAGUCAUUAGCGAAAUUAAAAGAUGACCUUACAAGGUUGCAGUUAUGUGAGAGCUCUCCUGAAGUAUCAACUUUAAGUCUUCCACAAGAGAAAUUAAGUACCGCAUCACAAACAGAUCUAUCGUAUGACAUUGUGCCUAUUGGUACUCGGUUAGCUGAAAUGGCUAAAAUGAGGCUAGAAUAUGACGAAGCGCGGAAAAGUGUACAGACAAUACAACGGAAGUUAGCAGACCUUGAGGAAAAAAUGCAACCUGGACAAGUCGAGUCUGAUAAGGAUAGGUUAUUAUUAUUCCAAGAAAAAGAGCAGUUAUUGCGGGAAUUGCGAAGUAUAACGCCCAGGACGCGUUCGAAAGAGGAAAUGUUCGACAUUCAAAUGGAGUGUCAACGUUUGGAGCAGGACCUUAACAAAGCGCUAGAAGUAUCAAAUCGUGCAAUCGCCGAUCGACUUAGGUUGCACGAGGAGAAACAGUUACUUCUACAACAAUUACGAGAUUCUCUAAGAUUGAUGACACAAUUAGAGUCACAAUUAAAAACUCUCUCUGCCAGCACCUUGUCUGUCAGCAGCAGUUCUAGUCUUGGUUCUUUGUCAACUACGAGUAGCAAAGGAUCUUUAAGUUCAGGGUUAAGUUUCACAGAUAUCUACGGCAGUCCGCAGUGUGUGAGCACAGCAAGUACAGACAAACCAGUAGAUAUGGUAGAUUUACACAGGAGGGUGGAAAGGCUUCUGAAAGAGAACGAUUGUGGUACAAACACACCGUCACCUGGUCGGUCACAGCCGUCCCUUUCACCUAGAAGUUCCUUAUCGUCAGUCUCCCCGCCUGUUUCUCCAAUGUACGAAAACCUCUCGAUACUCCCCCCACCUUCCUAUAAACAAAUUGAACACGAACGCCAGCAGCUCUCCGAACUCAAAUUCCUAAACCAGACCGGAAGCGGCGACUACUUAUCAAAUUACACACAAAGAAUACCUGUUCCUAACCUGUCACCGUUGAGUGACCUACUCGAGGCCCACAUGAGCAAUAUGUCACAAGGAUCUGGAUUGGGAAGGCCGUCUCGCCAUUCCUACGAAAGCGUCGGAGAUCUACCACUAUCGCCAAUUUCGGAAGCGCCCAUCGGCAAUCACCAGGAGAUCGCCCUGUCGCGAACGUCCUCGUCCGGUACGAAUACGAGGUCCGUCUCGGCAGCGGUAAGCGACGAGUCGGUCGCGGGCGAUUCCGGCGUUUUCGAAGCGUCGAACAGGAAAAAGGCAGCCGGUUAUGCGCCGGAGGACCUAUUUGACACGGCACAAGUACAAAUUAAAUUAAGAUACGUUUUUAACGAGAAUAUGCUUAAUAUAUGCUUUGAACGAGCCCGAAAUUUAAACGCGCUUGUCAUUCCAGAUAAUUCGCAAGUGUGCAUCAAGGCGGCGUUAUUACCGUCUUCGCCUUCGGUCCCCACAUUUUGUAGUACAAAGCUUGUUCGAGAUUUAGCAAAGCCAACGUUUGGGGAUAUUUUCAAUAUGAGCGUACCCUUGAAUAAGUUAUAUACAAAAACUUUGCAAGUCAACGUGUGGAGUGUAACUGAGGAUCAACAGGAAAGAUGUAUUGGUUGCGCUCAAGUAAGUUUAGCAGAUUUUAACCCUCAAAGCAUAUCGCAAAAGUGGUACAACAUCCUGAGCUUCCGCCUGAUGGACUACGAAGACGGCACAAAAUCAGAAGUGGUGCAAGCCGAGCUAUCGGCGUCAAAACCCGCGGUCAAGGAAGAAAGCUCGGAUGAUUCGACGAUAAUUUCAUCGCAAACGUCGACGCUAACGCGAAAUCAAGAGACCGACCAUUUAGAUCCGUUGAGUAACUUAAAUUUCGAACAGCUAGUGAGUUGUCUGAGAAAUUCCGAGGAGUACGACAGCGACGAUUCUGAAGAUGAGGACGACGACGAGGAUGAAGAUGAAGAGGGUAUAACGGUCGAUUUUAGACAGGGUGAUAGGUUGGAGGUCGUCUUGGAGAAUUACGAUCCUUGCGAGAACGACGACGACAGGUAUACCGAUAAGCAAACCAAUACCGAGUGUACGUUUUACCCGGAGCACGCGAAACAAAUGAAAUUGGCGGCGGCUAACGGUACCGCCUGCUUAGAUGAGCGAGGGGUUAUUAAACGAUCACAGACAUUCUCGCCGAGUGCCGCGGUGUCGAAAAAUCAUUACAUAUGUAAAUUAAAUCGAAGUGAUAGCGACAGUGCAAUGCCUUUGUAUAGGAGAGGAGGCAAUCCAUUCCAAAGGAAUUCGGUCGAAAGGCGAUCUUUAAGGUUUCGUCGACAGUCCGGUUCGAUGUUAAGUUUAUCUAAGAGUAAGUCUCACAGCCAUGUGCCACCGACGGCGCGAACUUCGUUAGAUUUAGAAUUAGACUUGCAAGCUCAACAUACGCGUCUGUACACGUUAAACUCCGAGUUAGACAGGCUCAGGGAGUUGAAAGAACGUUUAGAAAUUGCCAAGGACCAAGGUGAUGUCGAGCUCGCCUCUUGGGUCUUGGAGGAUGAGCAGUUCCAACGGUUUGUGUCACAGGCAGAGUCCUAUAGGCAAGGAAGAACUUCUGAGGAGAAAAAGGUCGAGAAAAUGUUAAGAAAAAUUUCUAGGGAAAUUUAUCGACUAAGAAAAAGCAAAGCGGGAAGUGGAAAGCCUGAUGUUAUAUCAUUUAGAGAGAAAAUGGCUUUCUUUACAAAAGUUAACACCAUCGUUCCCAUUCUUCCCACUGAAGAGUGCCAUUCCAAUGUUAGCGUAAUUGUAACGGACGAACAGUCCCAGUGUAAAAGUAGUGAAAGUGAUGCGACGUGUUGUGAGAAAGUGUCCUUAUCGGAAAAGCGAGGCCCUUAUGAGUACGUAGUUGACAGAGUAUUGGGUGUUGAGGUUUAAUAAUUCUAAAGUAACGUUACUAAAUUAUUUAAUUUUAUAUUUAAUGAAAAUGUUCGUAGGUACUCAAACAUGCUUUCUUUGUUUGUAGAUUUAUGAAUGUUAACAAAACACUCGCUAAAUAAUAACGUUUAUGGUAAAAUAUAUUUUUAGAUAAACUAUUUAAAUUAUUGUGAUUAUGUGCCUUAAGAGAUCUGAAUUGUCUCUGUUGUUGCUAAUUCUAGUUUCAGUUGUGAAUACUCAAUUUUAAUUAUUGUACUUCUCUUUUAGAGCAGCUUAGUCAAUGCUCUUCGUUAGCAGUUUUAAACUGUACGACUCUUGUGUAUAAAAUUUAUAUAAGAAUAGUGAUGUAUGAGAAUCUUAGUACAAUCUUUUUUAACUUCGUUACCACACAUUCUUUAAAAAAAUUAAUUUAUCCUUUCUAUACUGAUUUUGUUUAAUUUAUAAAUCUUAAUGGAUUUGUUGUAUAAAGCCUUAAUGGGAGAUUUCCCCUAGCUAUAUUAGCUACGGACUUUAAUUAUGUAUUAAAUAGUAUAUUGUUUAUUAUAUAUAAAAUAUACAUAUGGUUAUUAGUGAUUUUUUAUUUGUAUUAUAUGUACAUAAUUCAUGUAUAUUGUAUUAAGUCUUGUAUUAGUUAAUGUUUUUAAAAAACAAUACAAAGCAUCAUUCUAAACACCGUGGAUAGAAAUCUA